CUUAUCUAGAAAACACUAAAAACCAACUAUUGGUAGCAGUAGAAGUCCAGGUUUUAUAUUUACGUUACAUACAUGAAUCCUAAAAGUCUAGAUGCUAGAAACCUUUAGGACAUCUCCAUAUCAAACAAACUUUGAAAAGGUGAUUGUUCUUUGUUCAUGUACAUAUUGUCAAUCUCUUAAAGUGCCUUUAUCUUCCCCCCCUCACAAAGUGUGAGAACCUCCUCAACCCCAAUCCUAAGCCCAACACACACAUAACAAAUUCAACCACAAAGAUGUCUCUUGUGACAGCAGAGAUGAAGGCAAAAGCAGAAGUGUAUUAUGGGGAUGAGAUUUGUAGAGAGAAGUUCAUGUUGUUGCUGUCAGAAAUAGGUUUGCCUGAUGGUCUACUAAUCUUGCAAGACAUAGAGGAAUGUGGAUAUGUGAAGGAAAUUGGCUUUGUUUGGCUUAAGCAUAAGCAGAAGAAACAGUACAGAUUUGACAACAUACUUGUCUGCUAUGACACAGAAGUCACAGCCUAUGUUGAGCCCAACAAGAUUAAGAAUCUGACUGGUGUCAAAGCCAAGGAGUUCUUGAUUUGGAUUACUUUGAGUGAGAUUUUUGUCAGGAAUCCUCCUGCAAGAUGGAUUACCUUUAAAACACCGGUAGGUUUGUCCAAGUCUUUUCCGACAUCGGUGUUCACUAUGAAAGGGAUGAUGCAUAUAUCUGCAGAAUGAGAUAGUUGUAGAUUCCUUGGAGAAGAACAUUGAAGAAGCAAAGGAAGGGAAAGUAAUGCAGGGCAAGUGUAAUUCAAAAAAAAAAAAAAAAAAAA